GAAGACACCGUUCUCAUUAGCCGCUCGAAGAAAAUUUGGUGUCAACCUUCUCGACGCAGAGGAAGUGACAGACAAAUUAUCAACGAAUACAAAUUAAAUCCAGGCAUGGCCAUCGGAUAUGCACUGCUGAUGAGCAUUAAUAAGAGCGAAACUCGAGUCCAGUGCUUCCUUUGGUGUGGGCCCACCGGGAUAAUUGCGCCAGAACAGGAGGACGGCCGUUCAAACGAGAGUGGUGUGACUACGAACAAAAUACAUAUCCCGCGAAAACCCCAAAAUUGCAAUUAUAGAUUUAUUGGAAGGGUACCAUUAUCCAACAAAUUACAACCCCCAAGGUCGUCUGCCUUAUUCGUACACAAGUACGAACCAGUAACAAAAUCUGGUAAUAAACAUAACGCUUUAGUUUGUCAGGAAAUCAUCGUGUACGUCCAUCGCACCCAGAGAGUGUGUAAAGCUUGGCUAACGUGUUUCCUCGGAUAUUUUUUUCCGGAAACUAAAGUUCCGUUAGAAGCUCUAAGCGUGCUCGUGUUGGUCCGACGAUCUUUUGUCAUUGCAACUGUGGUCAACCAAAGAGUUCUGCAGUUCCGCUGGAUCACGCAUGAUACUGGAUGUGUUCGUACUAAUCAGGUUGCAUGGGAACUCGCAAAUAGUUAUCAGUUUUCCGGGAUGCACAUUUUUGAAGAGUUGAGAGCACCUACGUCGGCGUCUUUCAUCAAGCCACACCUAUGCGCUUUUCAAGGGCCCCUAGCAGCCGUGACAAAUUUUUCGCUGAAUGCAUUUGCAUUUUUUGGAAUUAAAGAAGCAGAAAAACGGUACUUAUUAUUUUUUCCCUUAAUCACCUCAGCCCUACACAUCAUCCUUCGUGAGGCUGACUUUUUAGUACACCAAAAAAUGAUCAUUUUUAUCGAGGCAGCUGCUCUUCUCAGUCUCUCAAGGCUGUUGUUGAAAUGCGUCUUUCAAAGGUCACGAGCAGUGUGUGAGCUUGCCGUUUUUGCCCUGUAUGACAGUUUUAUAUGCAGUAGAUUCAACUGA